AUCAGUAUAGCGUAGAGUGUCGUGUGGUGCGGACGUAACACCUUAAUUGUUCGAGUUUUGAUCCCUUUUUCGAGCUAACAAUCGUGUUUAACCCUUUGUAUGGUAAUAGUUUGGUAGCGAUAUAUAAGGGCAACAGUUAUCAUAAAAAAUAAACGAAAAAAGUGAUUGAAACAAGUAUAAAUUGUGACAAAUUCCUGUUGACUGCAAUGGAUACAUCGGAGCUUUGAUCUGCCAGGGAGUGGAGCACUGUGUUUCAUGGUUUAAUAAGUGUGUGUGUAUGUGUGUUUAAAUUGUUUAAGUGUGUAAUUCACAGGGUGUUUUAUGUGAUGUGUUUGCAGAGCAGUGCACUAAGAAAGGGUUACUCAGCUUCCUUAUAGUGUGUAGGUGGCACACAAAUGAUUGUAUGACUACAAUUAAUAGCAAGAUGAGUACGAACGUAGUCAGCUUUAUGCUGACGAUUUUGGCAAUAACAGUUGUAACAUUUGAGGUCACUGCCCAAUCAAACUAUGCAUCCCACGCUAAUAGCAUCGAAUAUCAAGGAGAAGGAUUGCCCGAAGAAGCAACGCUUGACGGAAAGGUAACAAAACUCGACGAUCUCAGCCCUAUAAUAUUUUUGAACCGCACAAAAGCCGCGUUGAAUUGUGCUGCUGGUUCUAUGCAAGUGGACCUGAAGUUCAAUGAAAAAUUUUUUGGCACUGCCUACGCUAAUUUUGACCGAAACAGUGCGUGUCAAAUAACCGGUAAAGGCGACACCAGCUACAGCAUUGAGCUGCCUCUGAAAGGAUGUGGAACUAAACAGGAGCCCCAACGUGUGUUCACCAACAACAUUGUAGUUCGUUUCCAUCCAGGCCUUGAAAUGGAUGGGGAUGAAAUAAUUACAAUAGUAUGUCGUUACCCUCCUCCCGUAGCACCUGUUCCUGCUGGUUUACCUGCCCCCAUAUUGACAAAUAUUGUUCCUGCAUCGAUUUUGGAACCACCUUUGAAGGGAAUUCAAAUACUUUUCAUUAUUUGUGCAAUUAUGUUUUUAACCUUAUUGCUCAUUGGCUUGGGCGUAUCAUAUUACUGUUUACGAAGACAACCAAUGCCCAUUGUACGAAGAGUGGUUCAUGUUGGAAGUGGAUCUGAAAUAACAGCACUUGAAACCGGCAGCAUAGGAAGCAUAUCAGGAAUGAAGAUAGCACCAGUACAUACCGCUUUGCACCAAACUCGAAGUAUCUCUGGAAGUGAUGGCCCUCUAAUUCCAUCUGACUAUCCGAGUGAAUCACACUCCGAAAAUGAAGAAGUAGAUACUGGAUCCUUGCCUGUGAGUUCACAUGGUAGCUAUGAAAAUAGUGCCUUUGUUCAGGACUCAUCCAGUAUCUAUAGUGAAAAUUAUGGCCAAUCUCAAGAUAUACGCACUUUUGAAACUUGUGAAGCUUCUCCAAAGUUUGACAUCCACGUGCGAGUUAAACGCACUCCACCUCCAUUACCGUCACCACUAACAUCUGACACUGAAAGUAAUACAACAAUUAGCCGAAUGGAGAGAAACAACCUUUCCACAAUUCUGGAGUCCCACGAAGAUGCCAGGAGUGACAGUGUACUAACAUUUGAAUCUCUUCAAGAAGCCGGACAUACUCAGUUCACCUAUACUCCGGAGUUACAUACGGUUCCUAAACACAUCCAGCAGGCACCAGUUGUUUCCAAAAUUACGAAAGCUCAGCAACAAUACAUCCAACGUGAUACUUGGCCAGAAAAUUACGUGGAUGGUCCACAAGCAUCGUCCUCUCGUAGCAUUGUUUCAUUAGGCACUGAAAUGACAGAUACGCACUCAAUGACUGAAAUAGUCGAUUCCUCACACUUGUACCCAGCUAACUAUCACAAUGCGAUUGAUUUGAAAUAUACAAAUAACCUUCAUGAACUUCCCGUUACCCCUAUUAAAAAGAAUGCAAUAUCAUCUCAUGUUAUAGAUGACGUGUUUAUGCAAACUGUUACUGAAAAAACAACAAUUGAAGACAUCGAGAAACAUAAGCGGAUGGUAACGGAGUACAAAGCUAAACCGGUCAUCGAUCCUAACUGGGACGUUACCAUUAGAAAUUAUCAGGAAAAUUCUCAGCCAGAAUGGGAGGACUUUUCGGAUGUUUCUAGCGCCUCUGGAAUGACUAUUCCGCAAACCAUGCCUACAAAAAUGACCGUUCCUACGUCAACAUACAUUUCUGAAAGUGAUGUCAUGCUUCAGAGUCCAGAACUUGUUGGAAAUAUGAAACCAAUUGAACUUCCACCAGAAGAUAAAUCUGUUUCCAAUUGGGAUGUCCUUAUAAGAGUUUUACAAGACGUGGAAAUUCCGGACAUUUCCGUUACCACUGCCAGGCUUCAAAGUGACCGCGCACCUGUACCACUUGCUACACAACUCAGUUAUGAGGACAAGGCUAAAUGGAAGCAAAUUAUCACUACUGAGUCUACGCUGAGGACAAUGCUCACUGAGGCCGUUGUACGAGAAGAUUUCGAACGCAUUCGAACUGACGCACGCUACGAAAACUUAUUCGAACCCCAAUCGUGGGAAAUAAUUAUGCGUAUACUCGCGCCUCCCGACGACGUUGAACUUCGACGAUCUUCAAGGAAAAAACGAGAAACGUGGGAUACUCGUUCACGAAGAAGCUCACUGCCUACAUUGUACGAAUACGAUAGUGAUGGAGGUUCAUCGGUUCGAACUAUAACUCAAGACCCAAUAGUUGUGACUACUCAACAUAGAGAUAGCUAUGAAAGUUCCAGACCUCGCUCAAGAAAAACUUCGCGAUCCUCGUAUAGCUCCAAUAACGUUGAUUAUCGUUCAAUGACUGAAAUGACCGUUGAUUUUGCAAAAUCCAAGUAUCCUGAUAGUUAUUCCGACGGAAGUUCAUAUUCAGCACAUCAGUACUAUGAAGAUGACCCAUACGACCAUCGCUCCAUUCAACGUUCUUCCAGCCAUCCUAGCCUGGCUAGAUCUGCUAGCGAAUUUACCGAGAGAUGGGUUGCUCCUGAAGAAACCGAUUCCUCAACUCCGGAUGCCAGUCCACAGAUGACGCGACGUGAAAGAAAUUUAAUGGUGCAGUCCAACGUUGCUCAAAUGGGAGAUAGUCGUCAUAUUAUCCAUGAGAGCCAAACGCAGUAUAUUGAAACAAGAAAAACUAAUUAUAGGACAAAUCGAGACGACGAAUGGUGAUUCUAAGGAGGGAAAAUAAACCAGACGCAAAAACCGAAAUAACUACGUGGUUAUCGAAAAGUGCCAACAGUAAUAUGCUUCGAAUAAGUUUUAAUUUGAAAUUCACUAACACUAGACAUUUUAUCACCCAUGCUACUACUAAUACAACUCCAUGCAUCCUUAUGAUCAAAGGGAACACAUCUUAACCAUUCGAAAAUGAUCAAAGAUAAUGAUGUGUGUAAAUACGAUAGUUUGCACUGUUGGACGAGAAAAUCGCCAACAAUACUGUUGAAAAGCUUGAAAACAGUAGAUUUUUUUUAGUAAACUAACUCAAAACUUUUUAGUAAACUAACUCAAAACACCCUUUUGCGUUUAAGCCGCCAAAAAUUGAGAGAAUAUCUACUCGUAUUCAAUGAUAAUCCUAAAUGGAUGAAAUAGCCCCUUCAUCGACUUAUGGAGGGCUUACUAUGCAUUGAGAAUAUUAAAAAAAAUGCAGUAGUUCUAUUGGCAAGUUGAUUGCCUAAUAUAGGCGAAGUCUUCAGACUCCUCACGGUUGGGCCUUAUGCAAUAUAGUCGCGGGCCGCAUGUAGCUCGCGGGCCGUACAUUGGGCUACCCUGCUCUAAGGCAAACAAAAUUGAACAAGCUCAACAAAUUAAUGUUUGCCAUUUCGCAUGAAGACGUUUGGAAUAGUGUACAUUUCGACAUGCUACAGUUCAAUUCUUAACCAGUGAUCACAUCAAUCAAUUCUUAACCAGUGAUCUUUUUGAUCUAAGGAUGUAUGUAAGUGGUCAUCAGCUGUGAUUCGAUCAUUUACAUAUCACAUAUCAAUCCCAGUCUUCAAAUAUGGAAAGUGUGUGUACAUGGCUAUUAGGAAUAACUGUCAAUGUUAUUUAUAACAUUAAUAAUUCAUGUAUGUAAAAAUUUAAAUUGGGCAAAUAUUAUGAUUGAUUGCAUGAAAAAUGUAUUUCCCUUCGCAAUUUACAUAAACACUCUGAAAAAAGUAAUGAAAACCGAAUUUAGUACUAUACCAUCUAAUUCCAUCAAAGUUUGUAUACUUCGUAUUUCGACUUUGUAUUUCGGCCUCAACUGUAAGGCCGUCUUCAGUGUCGUGACAAAGGAUACAAAAUCUAUAGGAAAUAAAUGAUAUAGUACAAAAUUAGGUUUUCAUUCGUUUAUAAGUAUGCCACUAAACAAUUCGAAGAUUUAUUAUCACUCUAAAGAAAGGUCGAAUCAGUGGGAGUAGCCAAUAUUACCGAAAAUCAAAUUGUUUACGAAAAUAUUCAAAAAUGAACGUCCAUGACAUAUUAAUACGAUUUUUUUAUAUGUAUUUAUCUUUUGUUGACAUAUAUUAGUAUCGUUCAACCCCCAAAUGGCUUUAUUACAUGCUGUUGACUGAAUAUACUAAGCAACAUGUACCUUGGACUAAAAAGGUUGAUGGAAUGUUUAUUUUAUUUCACAUGAUUAACAUUUGAUUUUGAAGUACGAUAUAUUACGGUUGUUAAGAAAAUUUUCCGUUAUGCGGUAGCCGCCGAGUUCUACCGCAGCUGUCAAAGUUCUACCGCAGGCUUCGAAAUCAUUUUAUCAUUGAAGCAAACAAUUCAAUCAUAGUAUGCUUGAAAGAGAAAGCGGUAUGAAAAACACCACCAAACAACAAUCACCAAGACGGUAUCCAAGGUAUCAUUGAAGCCUAUUGAUGAUUCACCAGUGCAAAUCAGUGAUGUGGCAUCUGCGGUAGCUUUCCGUUGAACCGUAAAACGGAAAGUUUUCUCUGAAAUUGCAAUAUCUUGAAACAUAAUCAGUUUUCCAAAAAAAAUACAAUGGAACUAUUGUAUUGCAGAUAAACAAACCCACUUUUAUAAUACAUGUAGUGUGGAAAGUUUGAGUCUUAAUAAAGAAAACAGUUGACAUUGACAAUCAUUCCUGAUGGCAUUAUACAUUGCUUUACAUUUUGAGUUUUGAUAAAACAUUUUGCUUUCCAGAUUGAAUAUUUUGCGCCACAAAAAAUAUUGCUUGUUUUUAAAGGCAAAAUGCAAUAACAUAGGAAUAAUUGUAUCAUGUUAACAUAAUUUUACUUAUCAAAAAGUUUAGCACAAAACUAUAAAUAAAACUAUGUCAUAUUCACCAGUUUGCUAAAAAACGUACUAUCAACUGCUUAAAAUAAAUGUUUUCGUUAAAUUCUUUGUGAACUGUAAAAAUAAAAACAUAGCAAGAGAGUUCCAUUUUCUGCCUUGUUUGCAUUUGUUAAAAAAUUGUCAAUUUCAAAAUGAUAGUAAUCGAAUUUAGGUCUCUUAGUUUUAUUGUAUUGCAACAGCUUUCUCUUUAUGUCUUCCAGU